AAGCAAAGAGCACCAUGAUGUCUACUACAUACUUGUUAGUUUUGAUACUUGGAGUGGUGGCUCUCACCGCUCCCUCUUUUGGUACCUAUGAGUCACCCAACUAUGGGAAACCACCCACUCCUGUUUACAAGCCACCCUACGGUAAAUCUCCACCAACUUAUGAACCUAAGCCCCCUGUCUAUGAACCACCAAAGAAAGACAAACCUAAACCCAAGCCCCCUGUCUACGAGCCACCAAAGAAAGAGAAACCAGAACCCAAACCACCAGUCUACGAGCCACCGAAGAAAGAGAAACCUGAACCUAAGCCACCAGUUUAUACACCUCCAAAGAAAGAGAAGCCUGAACCUAAACCACCAGUCUAUGAACCUCCAAAGAAGCCACCAGUGUAUGAGCCUAAGCCACCAAAGCCACCGGUUUAUACACCACCAAAGAAAGAGAAGCCUGAACCCAAACCUCCGGUCUAUGAGCCUCCAAAGAAGCCUCCAACGUAUGAGCCUAAGCCACCAAAGCCACCAGUUUAUACACCACCAAAGAAAGAGAAGCCAGAACCCAAACCACCAGUCUAUGAGACUCCAAAGAAGCCUCCGACGUAUGAGCCUAAGCCACCAAAGCCACCAGUUUAUACACCACCAAAGAAAGAGAAACCAGAACCCAAACCACCAGUCUAUGGGACUCCAAAGAAGCCUCCGACGUAUGAGCCUAAGCCACCAAAGCCACCAGUUUAUACACCACCAAAGAAAGAGAAGCCAGAACCCAAACCACCAGUCCAUGAGACUCCAAAGAAGCCUCCAGUGUAUGAGCCACCUUAUGGUCACUAUCCAGGACACCCUCCAAUGUGGAAGCCAUAAUUAAAAGGUCCCAUCCUCUAGCCAUACCCAACAACUGAGCUACUAUGGCCAUUUAGAUAGAGUAACCAUGCAAUAAGAGUGGCUAUCGACUCAUGUUAUAUGUUUCCUUGUUCGUAAUGUUUUCUUUUAUGUCAUGUUUGAUGAAAUAUCAGGUGUCAGCGAGAAUGCCAAUGACAGUCCUUGUCAGAUUGCCUACUCUAUAUCUUCUUGUAUUUCAAUGAGAAAAAAAUCCUGAAUUCAACAUA